UCGUGAUGCCCGGCUCGGAUCGCAGACCCUUGACAUUCGUUGCGUCGUUCGCGUUGUGCGGCAUCUCCACGUUGCACGACCUGACGGCGCGACGUUCAAUAUCUCCGGACGCCGUCGCUUUCUUCAAGUUAUCGAAACGCUCCAUGAUGGCGGUCAUUGCGGCGACGAGUGGGGCGUACAAGUCGACCUCCUUCCUCGACUUGCCGGCCUUCUUGAUCGCGACCCACACUUUCUUCGUGUUGCUGUACCCGUAGUACUGAUCGAGACAGGCGGCAGAGUCCUGGGUAGUGCAGCCGUUGGCUUCUGCCAGUGCCUUGAGGUGUGCCUUGAAAGGGAGGGUUGUGCGGUCCUCUUCGACAUGUGCAACUUCGAGCUCGAGCUGAACGGCAAGCUACAGAUUGGCCACUGUGCUAUAUGCGUUUUCAGAAUCAUGCGAAGAUCUUUCAUGGGGGAUUGACUGGAAGAGAUUUGUAGAGGUCAGCUGAUCGGAUUGUUAUGCCAAACGCGCUCAUGUGAUCUCCGGUCCUCAAUUGAAAAUCCCUCAAUCUUGUUUUUCACGCGACUCUGCAGACCCAUUUGCACCGUUUUCUUAUGCAGAACUGUUGUCGCGAAACUAAACCCUAAGGAGGCAACAUUUGAGAAAUUCCAUCAGUAGGCAGGCCCAACGCAAACCUGCAUGAUUUCGACGAGGGUGGCAUGUGUACUCGUACGCUGAAA